GUUUGUACCUAGUACAUAAUUAAAAGGAAAUAAAAAUUAUUAGGGGCUUUUGGUCUUUUUAUUUAAAUAUUGAGUCAUUCUAGUUUUGGUAUAUGUUUGGGUGUUAAUUAAUCUAGCUAUUACACCUCAUAUUUGAUAUUUGUGUCAAACUAUGUAAUUUUCAGUAAAUUUAAAUGUCUUGAAGAAUUGAAGAAAUAAAGAUAAAUAGUUGAAUAUGAAUUCAGCUUUCGGUGUUCUCCCUUUCUCCAAAAUGACUCUUGAGUUUUAUUUUCAUCAUUCUUUUUAGCCACAAAAAUGAGACAUUUAUUUUGAUUUUUCUUGUAAUUAUAUUGGAUUCAAAAUGGGAUGGACUUGAUAGAUAACAUCAUAGAUGAAUUUUUGACUGUUCUUGAUAUCCAAAUUAACUUCUUAAUUUAGUGGGCUAAUAAGUUCAACUUUGAAUGAUGAAGACGCUACUUUACCAUUGAUUCAAUUUGAUUGUGUUAUGCCUCUUCUUAGAUUAUCUUACUGUUUCCAAUAAUCACAUCACAAAAUUAACUUUCACAAGAUUACAAGACUUACAAAUCUUCACGAAUAAACUGUAAACCCAUUUCUCACGGCAUCUCAUUGCCUCUUAUGGAGUCUUGGACUGGCAAGUUUGUGCCUUAUAUAUUCUAUCAUUUACUUUGACAGCUUCCUUUAUUUUUCUUUUUGUCUACGGUGAAAUAUUAUCGGCUACAAUGUUAUUUUUUCAUAGAAGACUUGCUAAUAAAGAAGAUAAACGUUGACGAGUGACUUUGUCGUGUCUUCUUCACAUGACCCAUUUCUCACGGCGUUACUUUGAAAUUUAAUAGAAGUGGUUGUGGACUCGUCGAACCACUGACACAGAAAGGAUUUACAGUUCUUUGCUCUAACCAGCUGAGCUACUUGUGAACCACUUUGUUCUCAACCGCUCAACCGUCUGCUCCUCUCGUGCGUGUAGGAAUAAUCAAAAGAGGAGACAACAUGCCUAUUAUUAAGGUAGAAAGCAAGAAACCCAUCCAGCUAGGAGGAAAGCACAUCAAAAUCCAGAGACACACUUUCUAUAGCAUUAACAAACCGAACCCGGACUCAAAUGCUCACCUGUAGGCAUCAUUAAUGAUGUUAUAGAUGAGUUGACGACAUUGACCACAAAUAUUCAAAACAUUGAUGCCUAUGAAUUGAAAUCAUAUUACUCAAAUAACGUUUUUAUUCAAAUCAUUAAUGAUGUAAAAAGUUUUUAUUUUAUAUUUUAUUCAAAAAAAAAAGAAAGAAAAGAAAUCAAUUAGGGGAAUUGCAUUCUAUAACCCAAAAAAAAAUUAUAAUUAACUGAAUAACUAUACUAACCAUGAAUAGAUGAUAUAGUGCAUAUUUUAUAUAAUAAUUACAACAUUAACCCUAUAUUAUUAUCCUCCACCACCACCUCUUGCCACCAUCUCUGGCUACCACCGCCGGCCACACCUCCGGCCACCUUCCAGCCACCUUCUGGCCACACCUCCGGCCACCUUCCGGCCACCUUCCGGCCAUCACCGCCGGUCGGCCAUCUCUGGCCACACCUCCGACCACCUUCCGGCCACUACCUCCGGCGGUCACCAUCUCCGGCCACCUUCCUCCACCACCUCUAGCCAGCCUCCACCACCACUUCCACCAAAGUGACAACACCUCCAUUGGUAAUUUUCAUUACCCCUUGUGUCAUUCACUUAAUAUUUUGAAUUAGUAUGCUAUAUCCUUAAAUAUAUUUUCAAUUUCGGCUACCUACCUAAUUCACCCAUCAUAUUACUCCCUUUUUGUUUAUAAGUUUUAUCAAAAACAAACAUUCUAUUAAUUUUCCUACUUUAGUUUAAAGGAAGACUAGCCAAGUCAAGCCCUUCACAGUGAAUGUUUUGAUAUAAAGUAAGCAAGAGAUGUCUAUCACAUACCAAUUUAACAAACAAACUGUCUUUGUUUACAGAAAAAUAAAAAAAUUAUGAUUCGAAGCCAAUCUUAUUGCUUUCUUUGUAUUAUUAUGACCAUCUACUUCUUAAUUUUCCUUCACCCCUUACUAAACACCUUUGCUUCGCCCACACAGUCCUUGUGCCGCAGCGACCAACGAGAUGCUCUUUUGGAGCUAAGAAAAGAGUUCCCAAAGUAUUACGGGGACUACGGUCUAACAUUUCCGUGGAACAAGAGCGUUGACUGCUGUUCUUGGGAUGGUGUCAUGUGCGAUGCUAUAUUGGGAGAGUGUCGUCUCCACGGGAAGAUUCCUUCUUCAAUUGGAAAUCUUUCUCAUCUCACAUCUCUUGAUCUUUCUCAGAACCAAUUAGUAGGUGAAGUUCCGGACUCAAUCGGUAACCUAAACAACCUAGAUUACGUUAAUCUUGGAGAAAAUUAUCUUAGAGGUAAUAUUCUUACUUUAUUUGGCAACUUUACGGAGCUUUAUGAAUUAAACCUCCGUGAAAAUCAAUUCACUGGUGGGAUUAGCGUAUUAGCCAAUUUAACCUUCUUGUCCGAAAUAGACAUCUCCCUUAAUCACUUCAAAUCCUCGUUUCCCUCUUAUGACCGCCACUUCCACCUGUGUAAAUUUUCGGGAUAUGGAAACUCCUUCUCCGGACCGUUUCCAACAUCCUUGUUCAUGCAACCUUUCUUAGACGAGAUUGAUUUAAGCGGAAACCAAUUCGAGGGAUCAAUUGAUUUUGAGAAUACGUCGUCCUCGACUAUGCUUAGAGUGUUACAUUUCGGCUACAACAAUUUGGAUGGACUAAUCCCAGAAUCUAUAUCGAAAUUAGUCAAUCUCGAAGGUCUAGUUCUUAGCCACAACAAUUUCCGAGGAGAAAUCCCUAGAUCAAUAUCAAAAUUAGGCAAUCUCUUUUCUUUAGAUCUUAGCCACAACAAUUUAGGAGGGCAAGUCCCUAAAUCUAUAUCAAAGUUAGGCAAUCUCUUCUCUUUAGAUCUGAGCCAUAACAAUUUCGGAGGACGAGUCCCUAGAUCUAUGUCAAAAUUAGUCAACCUCACUUUGAUUGAUCUUUCCCACAAUAAAUUGGAAGGUCAAGUACCUCAGUUUUUUUGGAGAUUUCUGGCUUUUCGGUCAAUAAAGCUUUCUCAUAACUCGUUCACUAGCUUCGAGAAUCCAGUGGAAGUUAUCAAUGGAGCAUCAAUGGAAGAGUUGGAUUUUGGUUCAAAUUCACUCCAAGGACUAAUUCCCCAAUGGAUUUGCAACUUCACAGAUUUAUAUUUAUUAGAUUUGUCCAACAACCAUUUCACUGGCUCCAUUCCUCAAUGUUUGAAGAAUUUUCAUCUCAGUGGGUUAAAUCUGAGAAACAACAGUCUAAGUGGAUUUCUUCCAGAGUUAUGCAUGGAUAGCGUUAAUUUAAGAUCACUUGAUGUCAGCUACAACAAUUUGGUGGGGAAACUUCCAAAAUCUUUAAUCCAUUGCGAGUUGAUGGAGUUUCUUAAUGUGCAAGAAAACAAGAUCAAGGACACGUUUCCAUUUUGGUUGGGAUCUCUGCAAUACUUAACGGUUCUUGUGCUCCGAUCAAAUGCAUUCUAUGGUCCUGUCUAUAACUCCUCUGCCUAUUUAGGGUUUCCAAGUAUGAGGAUCAUUGACAUAUCCGAUAACAACUUCGUUGGAUCGUUACCACAAGACUAUUUUGCCAAUUGGACUGAAAUGUCAAAAGUUUUUGAGAGUAAUGAAGACAUACCAGAGAUGAACUACAUGAGCUUUAAUGCUUCCACCAUGUAUGAUUCCAUUGAUUUGGUGUACAAAGGAGUAGACACAGAUUUUGUUCGGAUCUUUAAAGCCCUGAGAGUCAUUGAUUUUUCUGGAAACCAAUUUUGCGGAUAUAUCCCUAGACCCAUUGGUCUAUUGAGCGAAUUACGUCUUCUCAACUUGUCCGGCAAUGGAUUCACAGGCAACAUCCCACCAACCUUGGAAAAUAUUACAAAGCUCGAGACAUUGGACCUAUCGCGGAAUAACUUGUCAGGUGAAAUUCCUCAAGGUCUCGGGAAGCUCUCGUUUCUGUCCGUAAUCAACUUCUCCUACAAUCAUCUUGAAGGACUGGUGCCACAGAGUACACAGUUUGGAAGUCAAAAUUGUUCUUCAUUUGUGGGUAAUUCGGGACUAUAUGGCCUCGAGAAUAUUUGUGGAGUAAGCCAUCAAACCGAUGAUGAAUCCUCGUCUGAACCAGAAGAACCAGUGCUUAAUUGGAUAGCAGCCAUGAUAGCAGUUGGACCUGGUGUGUUUUGUGGAUUAGUGAUUGGACAUAUCUUCACUUCAUACAAACACGAGUGGUUUAUAGCUCGUUAAACCUAUCUCUCUCGCAGUUUUCGUCAAGUUUGUACUCCCGUUUGUAAUUCAUUAGGUUUUUAUUCUCUUGUAAUUUGUUCGUUUCGUGGUUUUCUUUUAAACAAAUGUCAAUGUUAUAAGCUGUAAUGUUCUCACCAUUUUGUGUAAUAUGAUCCAUGUUUGUAUAUGUAUCUUUGUUAUAAAUAUUUAACAAAGUGUCUUGAAAAUCAUAUUUAAAAUU